AUGACAUCAGUUGAUGCCCCGUCCUGCACUAGGGGAAACUCCGCGGUCUGGACGGAGGCACAGUCAGCUGCAGAGGCCACCGAGAUGGACGCCAUCGAACUGCCGGAAGCAAAUCUUGCUGAGGCAAUUGACGAGGCAGAGCGUCGCGACAUCGACCCUGACGAUGCCCGCGCACCCAGAAAGCGCCGGGCUGUGACGCACGACGAUUCCGACAACUCCUCCCUGACCUCUGACACCGCGAAGCCGAGGAAGAAGGCAUCUAGAGCCUCCCGCGCCUCUACCACAGAGGCUGUGAAGACGGUCGCGGGCUCCUCCCGGAGCACCGCCAAGCCGAGACCGACAACGAAGACGCAGCCACCCCCUCGUUCGCCUGCUGCCUCCCGGCAGCCUGAUGCGGACGGCUCUGUUGCCCCACCCAGGCGGCACACCGCGCUGCAGCAAACGCAGCCACUGCCGACCGCCAACGCGUUUGCGGGCGCCAGUGUGGACGCGCCGGAGGACGGCGACGUGCCUCUGGCGCCACCCCGACGCCUAUCAGGCUGUUCGGCCUUCAAACGGGGCCGAAACCAGCAACGGGGCGUGGCUGCUCCUCGUAAAGUGCACCCGUCCACCAGCAUUGCUGCCGCCACCGAGGGCGGACCGUCUGCCUCCUCCACUCAGCGAACGGAGCGGGCCGCUGGCGAGAGGCAGCAGCCGACUGCGCCGUCCACGGCUUCGCCCGGGCGUGUGGCAACCGCGGCACCCACGUAUGAUGCGCGGGAUGCCGCCCCACGCAGGCGCCGCCGGCGCCCGGCCGGGCCACCCUGCCGCUGGGUAACGGACUGCCGUCGACCCUCUGCCGCAGCAGCAGCCGGCAAGUCGUGUUGCGCCGCCAGUGCAACUAGCUGCCGAUGUUCCACGGAGCGGUCGCAACGAGCUGCCCCCGUAGCGGAGGCUUCCCCAGCGGCCCCCGCCGCCCCCUGGGCUCCCGACGCAGCCGAGCUCCGAUCGCUUUUGCGGUCGUUGAGCCAGCAAGAGGACGGACCCAGCGUGAACGCCAGUUCUGCCGCCGAGCCAGUGAAACCGGACGCAGCCGUACUGUCAGCUGUGCUGUCAGCAACUUUACAAUCUCACGAGCGCGACGCGUGUCGCACCUUAGCACCUCAAGCUGCACUGAAUCUCAACACAGAAAUUCUUAACCAUGAUAUAACGAACCCUUUGAAUAACUUUGCGCACAUUUUCAAUAUGCACGGACCUGGCCACGGCCACACCCCCUACCCGCCGGCAGCCUGCACGCUGCCCGCUGAGGACAACACACCACGCAGCCUCGUGCCGGUCGCCCUCGCCGUGACUCAUCAGUGGUGA